AUGCCUCGCCCCAAAGUCCCCGAGAGCCAGCGUCAGCGUGCUGCUGAGGCAUGUAGGUUCUGCCGCGAAGCCAAGAAGAAGUUCAAGGACGAAAAGGCCCUCAGUUACAAGGGCCAGUACUGCUGGUGGGCGGAGAUCACGCGCAUCCUUCGAGCAUGGUUCUAUCACAGUGUCAACAAUCGCUUCCGGGUCAUCAACAACUCGUCCGCGACGGCACAGUGA